AUGAUAAUAUGUGACAGAAGCAGUUUCCGAUCUGAUAUUUGUAUCAUGAAAGGGGAUGUAAGAACACACUCAGCCUCCUCUUCUAACUUUGUGUACAAAUCCACACACAGAACUAGCUUCAUAAAUUACGUUGCAAGCAUUCUUAAGGAGAAGGAAGAAGAAGAAACUGUCGAAGAACUCCAACACGAAAAGAUCAAACCGUAUACCCAAAAAUGGGAAAAGAGUACGAUGGACACCAUCACUGAAUUAAACCUCAUUGCAAAGAAAGACAGUUUGAUGAGCAUGCAACUCGAGUGUGACGUUCAACAUGAAGUUCCAGCCGUGUUCUUCUCAACGCCGGGCUAUACGGGUAACUUUUUUCAUGAAUUCAACGAUGGAAUUUUGCCGUUGUACAUAACAUCCCAGCACUUGAGCAGCAAGAUUGUGUUUGUCAUUCUUGAUUUACAUGAUUGGUGGCUCACGAAAUAUGGAAAUAUCCUUUCACAGCUGUCAGAUUAUGCAAUGAUAGAUUUUGAUGAAGAUACGAGAACUCAUUGCUUCCCUGAGGCCAUUGUUGGUUUGAGAAUUCAUCAAGAGUUGAGUAUAAACUCUUCACUGAUGGAGGGAAAUAAGAGCAUUAUCGAUUUCAGAAAUCUUCUAGACCAAGCUUACCUCCCUCGAAUCCAUUCCCUAAUUCGUGAAGAGGAGGAACUGCAUAAAACAGUACAUCAACUGAAGAAGCCUACACUCGCGAUCAUGUCUAGAAACGGAUCGAGAUCAAUAAUGAAUGAGAACUUCUUGGUGAAAAUGGCUGUGAAAAUAGGGUUUCACGUCGAAAUUUUGAGGCCGAAGCGCACCACAGAACUAGCGAAGAUUUAUCGGGUCCUGAACUCAAGCGAUGUUAUGAUAGGAGUUCAUGGAGCUGCAAUGACACAUUUUCUUUUCAUGAGGCCUGGCUCAGUUUUUAUCCAAAUUAUUCCAAUCGUAACUGCAUGGGCAGCAGAGGAAUAUUAUGGUGCACCUGCAAAGAAGCUUGGUUUAAAGUACAUUGGCUAUGAAAUUCUUACCACAGAAAGCUCACUGUAUGAUAAAUAUGAAUUAGAUGAUCCCGUUCUUGCAGAUCCAACUAAAGUGACAGAACAAGGAUGGCAAAUCACAAAGAAGAUAUAUCUGCAAUGUCAAACUGUGAGAUUGGAUCUCAUAAGGUUUAGGAAGCAGUUGGUUGAAGCUUAUGAUUACAUCAUUGAUAGAAUAUGA